AUGUUGUGCCGAUCCCAUAAUGGAAAUGUGAUCUCCAUUAGAUCAUUGGACGAGGAUGUAUUCGUUCAGAAAGUGGCUCUUGAAAUGCCGAGCAUCACAAAAAUUUGGAUUGGACUUGAAAUGUUAUGGGGGCAUCGCAAUUGGCUUGAUCUAACGGUUGAAAAACCAGCUCAAACAGCGAUUCUCAAUGUAAAUCGGCCAGAGGGAAAAGUUUCCGCGUUUGAGGAUUAUCCAGAUAAGCCCAACACUGCGAAAUGCAUUCGUUGUAAGCAAACAAAAAUGAACGGUUUAUGGUAUUUUGUUGGGUUGAAUGAGUCACUCAAUGAAACCUAUCGACCCGAUGGAGUUGUUUGCAAGAAAAGAAUUCGACGACCACCAAUCAAAUACACGAUAAAAUCCAAUGAAAGUUGUGACAUCGGAUGGGCUCACAAUGAACAUACCGGCUUUUGCUAUUAUCUUCAGGUAAAACCACGAUUGAAAGUUCCGGAGUCUGAUGCCGGUUGUGGUGCUUACCAUAACGUCUGGAUAGGUAUACAUCAAGUGAACGGCACAGCGGUGAAUGUCGAUGGAAGUGUCAAUCGUUUUUGGGUGCCGCCUUUUGAGCCCGGCAAAUCGAAUCAGUGGUGGAUGAUGUGCAACGACAUUUCCAAUACUUAUGUUGAGUCGAUUCUCCCACACAACGAGCAUGGGGUAUUGACGCGGUAUGUUUGCAAGAAAGUUGCGAAUAAUUUG